CCUGCCUGUGCGUGCACCCACCUUGCCCAUCUCCGCCUCCCCUCCCUCGCCUGCUGCUGGUCCCCGGCCGGCCCGUGCGCUGCUGCCUGGGGUGCGCGCCUCCGCCGCCUGCGAUGCAGCCACUCGCGGCUGCCAACCGCUCGCUCCUCUGCCCCCUCCCUGCCGAAUGCAGCUCACACACACAGCUACACACACGCCGCCGGGAGGGAGGGAGGAGGGAGGGACGGAGCGCGGCACAGUCAGACGGGCGAGCCGAGGGGAGCGAUGAGGAUCGGCGCCGCCGGGGGCAACGGGAGCCCUCUCGCCCACGCACGGGGGGCAGCCCGGCGCCCCCCACCCGGACAUUCCCUGCCCCACGCUGGGGUUUGUGGUCGCACCGCUGCUGGCUGCUUCCUGGACAGACCCAGCACCCAGGGGGAGAGAAGGGCCAAGGAAUCCAGGAGCCAAAGGCUUAAUGGGAAAGUUUGUUUGGACCCUGAUGGUGUUUCUUGACAACUGUUCCUUCAUCUUCUCCCCCCUCCUUUUCCCCCCUCUGGGGCUGUCUUGCUCACCACAGAGAGAUCUACCUUCUCUCACACCUUAGGCACACUUAAACAACACACAACACCUUUGUUUUCCCAACUCUUGGGCAAAACCUCUGCAUGCACUAGCACAAGACUGUGAAUUGUCAUCGCACUUUUACUUUAAUGUGUCUUUUUACUCCUCUCCCCAAAUGGGAAUAGAACCCAGAAGCCCUGGAUUCAGCCACCCAGCCCCAAACUCACUAGAACCUUGUCUCAGAACUGGUGGGGAGAGGGGGCACGGGAGGGGGAAUGAUCCCAAGCACUGCUGUUCUUUUAGAUCUCAUUCUUAGAAUCCUGGAUCCCAUCAACCUGCCUUGUCUUUAGACCCACUUUCUUCUCAGAAAUGGAGAACGAGUUCUGAAUUCUGUUGUUCUCCCCUCUAAUAGCUAGGAACAGAACCCAGACCAUAUUUCUAUAUACUGUAUUUCUGGUUUUCAGCUUUAGAAACGUGGCUAGUUUUUAACUUCAGAACUGCCGCAUUCACUCCAAAAAAUUGCAGCCCUGCACACAUUUCUUUCUCUCUUAUAGUUUUGCCUCUCUCUCUCUCUCUCUGUGUUUCUUUCCCCCCCUGUUCCCACAGCUAUGUGUAAACUGCCCCUAUCAAAGUGACCAUCUCAACUGAGCCCCCCUGUUCCCCCUAUUCUAUCCUUUCAUCCAUUCUUUGUCCCACCUGGAAGAAAGGAUCACAGGAGGAAGAGUGGCUGAGGAAUACAGCAGUUCAUUGCAGAUUUCCAGAAAGGAAUUUCCACUCUGGUUCACAUUGCACAGAACCAUUUGGACUAAUACACCGGUCACCAGAGGAACCAUGGAGGGCAUCAUUCCUAUGGGCAUGACCUUCUUAUGACUUCUGCCAACAGUUAUAACGGCGCUGACAACACAGGGUCCUGACUGGAAUAACCCUGGGCACUGUUUGGUUGGGAGAUCUCUCGGAACAUCUGGACUUCUUAAGAUCCACUAAAAAUCCUUCUUAAGAUCCACUGGGAUGUUAUUGUGCUAAAAAGAAUCCUGCUAGAAAUUCCGUGCUGGGACAAUACUUGGACAUGCUGAGGUUUUGAUGUCUGAGGCAGAACUCUCAGGGUCUAGUCGGGUGGGUGGCCAUGCCUCUCCUGGGGUCACCAAAUCCACUGCCUCUUCGUCACAAUCAAGCAAAGUAGCAGUCAACAGGGAUCCUUCAGCUCUUCUUCCUUUGGACGACCCUUCUUUACAAAAGGUCUCUGGUGGGACAAGGCUCGGAGUGUAGUUGGGUUUGGAUGGUGUAAUACCUUUGUACAAGCUAUCUUCUCUGUCAGCUCAACAUUAUGGCUGCAGGAGUGGCCACAUGGCUGCCCUUUGCCCGGGCAGCCGCUGUGGGCUGGCUCCCACUGGCCAAGAAGCCCAUGCCCAAGCCUCCUGCUGACAAGAAACGCCGCAGUGAUGAGAUCCUGGUGGUCAAUGUCAGUGGGAAACGCUUCCAAACAUGGAAGAAUACCCUGGACCGCUAUCCCGAUACCCUGUUAGGCAGCUCAGAGAAAGAAUUCUUCUAUGAUGAGGACAGCAAGGAGUACUUCUUCGACCGGGACCCGGAGAUGUUCCGCCAUAUUCUCAAUUUCUACCGCACCGGCAGACUCCAUUACCCGCGCCACGAGUGUAUACAGGCCUUUGAUGAAGAGUUAGCUUUCUAUGGCAUCAUCCCAGAGCUGAUUGGUGACUGUUGCUUGGAGGAAUAUCGGGACCGCAAAAAGGAGAACGCUGAACGCCUUGCCGAGGAUGAAGAAGCGGAGAUUGCAACCGACACUGGCUUGCCCCCAGGCAGCACCUUCCGCCAACGUCUCUGGAGAGCAUUUGAGAACCCCCACACCAGCACCAUGGCUUUAGUCUUCUAUUACGUGACUGGGUUCUUCAUUGCUGUGUCAGUCAUUGCCAACGUGGUGGAGACCAUCCCGUGCCGGCCGCCUCCUGGGAGGAAGAGAAAUCUGCCCUGUGGAGAGCGGUUCCCCAGUGCUUUCUUCUGCAUGGACACAGCCUGUGUCCUCAUCUUCACCUUUGAGUAUCUCAUGCGGCUCUUUGCCGCCCCGAGCCGCUUCAAGUUCAUGAAGAGCGUGAUGAGCAUCAUUGAUGUGGUGGCCAUCAUGCCCUACUACAUCGGGCUGGUGAUGCCAGAAAACGAAAAUGUCAGUGGGGCGUUUGUGACGCUGAGGGUCUUCCGGGUCUUCCGGAUCUUCAAGUUCUCGCGCCACUCACAAGGACUGAGGAUCCUGGGCUAUACCCUCAAGAGCUGUGCCUCGGAGUUGGGCUUCCUCCUCUUCUCACUCACCAUGGCCAUCAUCAUCUUCGCCACCGUUAUGUUCUAUGCUGAGAAGGGCACUAAGGCUACCAACUUCACCAGCAUCCCCGCUGCCUUCUGGUACACGAUUGUUACCAUGACCACACUUGGCUAUGGUGACAUGGUCCCAAGCACCAUUGCAGGGAAGAUCUUUGGCUCCAUCUGCUCUCUGAGUGGGGUGCUGGUCAUUGCCCUCCCCGUUCCUGUCAUCGUGUCCAACUUCAGCCGCAUCUACCACCAGAACCAGCGGGCCGAUAAGCGGCGAGCCCAGCAGAAGGUCCGCCUGGCCCGGAUCCGGCUGGCCAAGAGUCGCACCACCAAUGCUUUCCUGCGAUACAAGCAGAACGGAGGCCUUGAGGAUAGAGAUCCUGAUUCUCAUGCCUUGGCUGUACGCAACCGAUCAGCUUUUGAACAGCAGCAUCAUCACCUGUUGCACUGCCUGGAGAAAACCACCAGUCACGAGUUUACCGAUGAGCACACCUACAGUGAGUUCUGUUUGACUGAACCCCUGGGCUACCGCACUAGCCGCAGCACCUCUUUCUCCUCCCAACAAGGAGGCACUGGAAAGGGCUUGAGCACUUCAUGCUGCCCUCGCCGCACUAAGCGCCGCACCACCCGCUUAACCAAUUCCACAAUGUCCGUGAGUCGUGCCAGUGCUCAGGAGCUGGAUACGCUGCACAGCCAGAAGAGUAUUGUCCCCCAGAGCCGCUCCAACCUGAAUGCCAAGACCCAUGACAACUUGAAGCUGAACUGUGACACCACAGACUUCACAGCAGCCAUCAUCUGCAUCCCCACCCCUCCUGCCAACACGCCGGAUGAGAGCCAGCCCCCCUCGCCGGGAGGCCCUGGUGGACCCCUACGCAACUCCAGCCUCUCCACCCCCUACAUACUCCACGAGACUGUCAAGAUCUCCUCCUUGUAAGAGGAGACUGGGGUGGGGGUGGGGGUGCUGGCCCUUCCUCCUUUCUCUCUACCCAGAAUCACUGCUGGCCACCUGGGUCCUGCUUAUGAGCUGGGGACGGGCUCCUCUGCACGAGCCUCCCACCCCACCCUUUAGUUGCAAACGGGAGGAGAUCCGAGGGGGGUGUCACAGUUCUUUUUGGGAGGCGAUAGCGGUGGCCACCAGUGGGGGAGCCAGUGCACACGGUGGUCGGAUGCCUGCCCAGCUCUCCCCGCUGCAAUCAAAGCCAUAUGGAAGGGGAAGCGGGUCCCAGAUGCUAUGCAACCGCAGAGGGGCGGAGUGAUGCAGGGAAAACUGGGUCCUUGUAGGUGGACCUGGAGGGUCACAGGGAAGGUAUCCUAACAUGGGACCCUGUCCUAGAGACUCUUUCACUAGACCAAACCUGUUGUCCCCUGGGUGGGGAGCAGACCUGUGUGGGCGAGGCAGAGCUGGGGUGAGCGAAGACGCCUGCCUUUUUAUUAGGAGAGCGGAAACUCCCAAUGGAAUUGGGAGUGAAGAGUAGCAGGAAUGGGGAGCAGAGGCUCGUGGGCGCUACUCAUGGCUGUGUGUGGAAAGGGGAGUCUACUGAUUCCGUUGCAGUCCAUAGUUGGGUUUCACGUCACCAGGAGUGGGUGAUGGGUGACAUGCUCAAGGUUAGAUUUGCAGAAAGAAAGGAAAGGCUGAGAAGCAAGGCUCUUGGGCUCUGUCCCCAGCACAGAAAGGGAAGUAGUGCCUAGCAAUUAAAGCAGGGGAAUCUGGAUUUUAUUCCAGUUCAGGUUCAGGUCAUUGCCUGUGAGAUGUAAGUACUCCAGAAAAGUGACAGAAUCAACUAAGCUUCCAACUAUUUCUUCUAUCUUCUGCCUCCACUGGCUGAGUCAAGACGUUACCGGGAUGGAAGGAGUCUAUAAGCCUCCCUUUCCUCUCUCUUUCUCUCCUUGCCAGUACCUGUUCUGUCUCUCGGAAACUGCACUUUAAAAAAAGUCUAUUGCACCAAAACGCUACACCUCAUGGGAAUUUCAUGCAUCAUCCCCACACACACACCUGCACCCCACCGCGUAGCAUCAAGACUGUGCAUGUGUAUUAUACCUCCAAGAGUGGGGUCCCAAGUCCACAGCUACAAAGCAUCAAAUGCAUGCGUAGCUGCUCCCCAUGACCCCCUCACCUUGACUGAAGAUACGCUGUGAAGAAUUGAACCAAACCUGCAGAGCAGGGGGGGCAGUCUGCAGUCCCCCUCUGGACAUUUUUUAGGUUAUUAUAAAUAUAUAUAGACUCAGACUGACUCUUGAUACUAACCUCACACCUUUCAUUGUCAAUGAAGAAGGAGUUGAACAUGGCAGAAAGCAGAAAAAAAACUUUGGUGAGAUGAUGGAUACCGUUCUAGGUAUCAGGAGGGCCACAAGCCCCGUAGCAUGCGUCAAACUGGCUAGCUCUCAGCAUCCAGAAAAGGGUCUUUUCUCAUCAGGAGCCGCCUUUUGUUUUGAUCUGCUAUCUUUCUCUCCUUGUUAGCUAAGUAUCUUGAUUCUCCUGUGUGUGAGUGGAGAAAUGGCCUGCUUUAGAAAAGAGGCAUCUGGGAAUCACUGGUAAUUUUAAGUCAUCUCUAAGAGAGAGAAAGAAGAUCUUGUGGGUUAGGCUUAGGAGAUGAUAACUUCCUUGUUCGGGGGUGGGAAAGUAGCAGCAACCCAGCAGGCAAGAACAGGGGGCAUGAUGCGUGAGGACCAAAUUCAUAGGUUCAGUUCCCAGCUCUGGCAAAGGAGUGAAGUCUAGUGUGUGCUGUGGCACUCACAGGCCCACAGUAAACAUAUCAGCUCAUCUGGACUGCAGCCCAUCCUCCUCACCCUCUCCAAUCAAUUUCUUCACCAGAUUUGCUAUUCAUUUAACCAGAGCUGUCCUAAAAAUGGUUAUGCAAAGCAAUAGCUCCACCUGCUGGACAGUUAAAGAAAUACCUGAUAAAUGUCUUCAUUGCACUUUAGUGCUGAUCAAUUAACUCUAAUGCACUUUGAACGUGGAGUUUGCUGGGUGAUGAAUGAAUGGCCUUAAAGGAGGUGUAAAUAUCUGCUAAUGGAAUCUCAAAGGCUGCUGCAAAGGCAAUGAUGUGGGGAAAAGAAGCAAGAGGAGCCAAAGGAAGGUUUUUUGGGGGGGAGGUUAGCUGGAGAAAGCACUGUGUUUGUAUUUCUGUACUCCAGAAGCUACAGAAAAAGGUAGGGAAAUCAUUAUAUCCUAGUGUUGCCUCCCUCUGGGAGCAAGCCUCACUGCACACAGCUGCUCUCAUACUACGAAGGGACCGUCGACAGCUGCAGAAGUGCUGGUGUGUGUAAAUGACUGUGCUUCAGGACAAUACCACUUCAUCGUAAAGUUGCGCAAGUAAUGGGCAUUGCAUAACUGCAUUUUUGAAAUUUACAAUGGAGCAGUAUUGCCCUGAAGCGCAGCAGCAUAGAUGGCGUUUACACAAGCGGAGAGGUGCUGACAGUGCUGCAACUCUUGAUGUUCACCUGCGAAGUAUGUGAGUAGAACCUAUUCCCAAGUCAAUGUGGAUCAGAUCAGAAUGUUUUUCUGGCCCUGUUCCUGGAUUCCAAUCCCAGAACUAGCAAAUAAAAUGUCCAGCCCAUGUAGAUUAUUUUCAUUCUGGCUGUUUACCACUGGCUCACUGCAGGUACUACCUUGAAUGUGACCCUCCCUAAACACUGUAGGGCUCACACCUGAUUAGCAGUAAUUUGCUAAGAAACUUUAUUACUGGAAGAUCAAUCCAUAAUGUAAUGCUGUUUCCCCCCUGAGAUAUUGAAAAAUACAAUGUGAACAGUUUUCUGGAGCAUAGUGUAGCUAUUUCUGUUACUGUGAACAUAAAUACUACCCCACGGCCACUUCUACCAUGCCUCCCUUAGCACAGCACAAACGACAACAUCCAAAGGCUUAACUUCCUCGGUGCCCAUCAAGGCCCAACAUGAGAUCUCCAGCCUCAUAAAACUGGUAGCAAUAUUCCCAGGAUUUGAUAUAUGCAAAGGGCAAACAAUGCCCUCUUCCAUUUAGAGUAACCAAGGCAAAAGUGGGCUUCUAUGAGACUGUUCUUCCUCUUCCUUCCCUGUCACACUCCCAAGUUGCUUAGUAAAAUAUUUUUAGUACAUGAGCCACCUGGGGUGGUCAGUACCAUCCGGGGGCGGGGCGUGUGUGUGAAUGCUCAUUGUGAUUUUUGAUUGUCUACACUCCUGGAGAUGGAAAGCAGAUGUUAGCAGUGCAAUACCUUCAGCUUUCAGUGGGUCGUCAUGUUUUCAUUGUCCUUACCACUGGGCCUGCACCAGCCAAAUUUGCAGUGGUGUUAUCGGAAACACAAAAAAGACUCUGAAAUGAAAAUUGGCAGGAACGUCCUCCAAGGAUUACUCGGUGGAGAAAGUACGUGUUCAUUGUUACCAUGACCCUAUCCUAACCCUUUGUGCAAAAAUGACUGCAAUUUUACUACAGUCAUUUGGGGGUAGGGAUAAAGAAGGGGUGAUAACACCCAGAAACCUGGAAUGCAACAAUGAUAUCAUCUAUUUUCCAUCUCUAGAGCAGCAGACAUUGUUAAGAAUUACUAUCAGCAUUCAUCCCGAGAUGGUACCUUGGUCAAAAAAUUGGGAGGCCUGGCUUAUGGACUGUUUAGGAACCCAGAUUUUCUGGGUUUUACCCCUGGUACAGUUGCCACCUCUUUGACCGACAAAGAUUCUGUAGCUUUUAACAGACAGAAAUCCAGGAGGUGCCGUUUUUGCACCACCCACCACUCCAUGCUGGGAAAAUCUGCACCUGGUAGAUUUUGGCCCAUUGUAAUCUGGAUUGUUCCUAGCACAGAUCCAAUGUGUGGGGAUGGGACAAAACAAAAACAGGCUAUAGCAUUAGGUUGUGUGUAUGCCAGAUUCAGAGUUGCUGAAGUGUGAAGUAGGCCUUCAUACUAGGCCUACUAGUGUGAAGUAAGGAGACUCGGUUCGUUGCCAGGUGACAUGAAAGUUCUCUCCCCCCCCCCCCCGGCCAGUUCUUUGUUCACAUCCUGAUUAGGCCACGAAGAAGGCCUGACAGCGUUUUUCCUGCCUCCAUGUUUCCUAAUGUAGAAUGAAAAGCAUCGUGCCACCCCAUUUAUGCACUAAAGAUGGUGCUGGUACAGGCAGCCAUCCGAGGGUGGGGUUUUUUAGUGCUACUGUGGAUCUUUAGCGCAUCACAGCCAACUGUAAAUAGCUAUCCAAGCAACUGGCCUACUCUAGUGAGCAGCAUAAUGUGUGAAGUGAGGACACACAGAAGAUUACAACAGCUACUUUCGUGACUAGCUAGAGAGAGAAACUUUAUUACAGUCUUUGACCAGUACAGAAGCAUGAAAAAGAAAAACAAUGUCAGACUAGGAAAAUGGUAAGCCACUUUUGGGUCACAAGCAGCUGCUGCAAUCUUCCCUAUGUUCACAUUUAAUUUAUACAUUAACAAGUGCAAAUUCUUGAAAAUGGCCAUGUGACCACCUGCUCAAAGGGCAGCAGAGUAUAGCAUUGCCAACCUUCCAGAAUUGGCAUCAAAAGCUCUCCUGGAGAUUUUAAUGGCUUGAUAGGGUGAAAAAUAUUGGCUGACGUGGUGAGAAAGAUGACUCAAAAUAGUCCCAUUGAAAUUAAUUUUUAAUUUCAGUGGCACUACUUUGAAUAAUUUUUCUCAUGAUAUCAGCUACUGGGGAAGAAAUAUCCACGAACAGCUUAAGCCUGAGUUGCCAUCCCUAGCAAAGUGGAAGACAAAGUUGAUCCCUGGGCAUGAUCCCCUGGGAAGUUCUCCUGCACAAGUGCCACUGCAAUGCAAAGGAGCUGCACAAGAGCACAGCAGCAGUGUUUAAGGCCUUUUAAAUGUAGAAAUAAAAAGAUACUGAUGUGCUGAGGGGGAUCUAAUAGAGGUCUAUGAAAUUAUGAAUGAUGUGAGAAAAGUGGACGGCGAGAAACCUUUUGCCCUUUCUCACAAUACUAGAACCUCGGGGGUUCCUAUGAUGAAAGAGGUUGGGACUUUUUAUUUAUUUAAAUAAACAAAUAAAUAUGAAGAAAGGCAGCAGA